AUGGUGGUUUUGAGAAAUAUUCGAACUCCUUUUUUUGGUAAAUUCAUUACAUAUAUAAUUAGAGAAUUGGAUUUUUAUAUGUCCACUAUAUUAUAUAUAUAUAUAUAUAUAUAUAUAUGUUCCAAACAUGAGAAGCACUCUCUCAAGACAAACCCCUGCAAUACUACAAUGAUGAACAUGGACUCCACAUACGGCAAGAUCAACGAGGCCGAUCAAGCAAGACUCGACUCCCGUCGAAAAACCAGAAAGAGAAUCACCAUCAUCACUCUAUCUUCCAUCAUCCUCGUCGUCGUGGUUGUUGCUGCCGUCGUCGGAACCACCACCACUCGUGGUGGAAGCUCCAAAAAUGGCGGGUCUAAUCCUCCUCUGACUUCUUCGAUUAAAGCCGUUUGCGAUGUUACCUUGUAUAAAGACACCUGUUACAACAGUAUCGCCCCUGCCGCCAACUCUUCUUACACCCACCCCGAAGACCUCUUCAAGUUGUCCAUCAAAGUCGCCAUUGAUGAGCUCUCCAGAGCUUCUCAGUACUUUAGUGAAGUAUUUUUCAAAAGGUUUAUUCAUGACCAGAAGACGAUUGCUGCUUUGGAGAAUUGCGACCAGCUUCUUAAUCUGGCAAUCGAUCAUCUCACCGAAUCACUUUCCACGUCGAGCGAGGUUUCAUUGGUAGAAGCCGCGGAAGAUCUCCGGACAUGGCUGAGCGCUGCCGGAACUUACCAGCAAACCUGCAUGGACGACAUUGAAGAUUCCACGGAGCUGCAGGCUGAUGUUUUUAACCAUUUAAAGAACUGUACUGAGUUGACCAGCAACAGUCUCGCCAUUAUUACAUGGCUUUCGAAGCUCGCGAACUCCAUUAAUGUCCGGAGACUGAUGAGUUCAUUGCCAAAUGGUGCCGUUUCAGUGCCGAAGUGGGUAUCUCGAAAGCUGGUUGAGGUUAGGGAUUUGAAGAAGAAGGCGGAUAUAGUUGUGGCGAAAGAUGGAAGCGGGAAGUAUAAAAGCAUUGGAGAGGCUCUUAAAGCUGUGGGGGAGAAGAAGAAGAAGAAGACGGUAAUAUAUGUAAAGAAGGGUGUUUAUAAUGAGAAUGUGAGAGUGGAAAAAAAUAAGUGGAAUGUUGUAAUGGUCGGUGAUGGCAUGGAAUCCACCAUUGUUUCUGCAAGUCUCAACUUUGUUGAUGGAACUCGGACCUUUCAGUCUGCAACUUUUGCGGUGUUCGGGAAGGGUUUCAUGGCAUGUGAAAUGGGAUUCCGAAACACCGCCGGCGCAAUCAAGCAUCAGGCCGUCGCAUUAAUGUCAAGCGCCGAUCAAACAACCUUCUACCGCUGCAAAAUCGACGGCUACCAAGACACUCUCUACGCCCACGCCAACCGCCAAUUCUACCGCGACUGCAACAUUUACGGCACCGUCGAUUUCAUCUUUGGAAACUCCGCCGUCGUCCUCCAAAACUGCAACAUUCUCCCUAAACGCCCCAUGCUCGGCCAGCAAAACACCAUCACCGCCCAAGGCCGAUUCGACCCGAAUCAGAACACCGGCAUUUCUAUCCACAACUGUACAAUUUGGCCCGCCGAAAACCUAACUUCCGUCCAGACUUAUCUGGGUCGGCCGUGGAAGAACUACUCUACGACUGUGUUCAUGCGGUCCAUGAUGGGGAGCUUGAUUGAUAGUAGAGGAUGGUUGCCGUGGGUUGGAAACUCGGCUCCGAACACGAUUUUUUAUGCUGAGUUUCAGAAUUUCGGGUCGGGUUCUUCCACGAGGAAUCGAGUUAAGUGGAAGGGAUUGAAGACUAAUAUCACGACGAAGGUGGCUAAUAAGUUUACAGUCAAGUCUUUUAUCAAUGGCGAGAAAUGGAUUUCGGAUGCGGGAAUUCCCUUCCUGUCUGGUCUUAAGUGAAGUGAUUCU